GGAUUUCUUUGAAUCUACAUUCCUUUCUCAUAUAAUAUCUUAAUGCUGUUCAAUUUUGGUUUACAAAUAUGAUGAAAUGGCAGCCCCGGAAGAAGGCAUACUUCCGACAGGGUGUUGCCCUUCAGUACCUUGGUCGCCAUGCCGACGCACUGGCCGCCUUCGCCUCCGGGCUGGCCCAAGACCCCAAAAGUCUACAGCUACUGGUGGGCAUGGUAGAAGCUGCCAUGAAGUCACCUUUACGAGAGUCUUUAGAGCCCACCUAUCAACAGCUGCAAAAGAUGAAGCUGGACAAAAGUCCCUUUGUGGUGGUGUCCGUGAUUGGCCAGGAGCUGCUGACAGCCAGCCACCACACAGCCUCUGUUGUGGUGUUGGAAGCAGCUUUGAAGAUCGGCACAUGCAGCCUCAAGCUCCGUGGCUCCGUCUUCUCGGCCCUCAGCAGCGCCCACUGGUCCCUGGGCAACACCGAGAAGAGCACCGGCUACAUGCAGCAAGACUUGGAGGUGGCCAAGACCUUAGGUGACCAAACAGGGGAAUGCCGCGCGCAUGGGAAUUUAGGCUCGGCAUUCUUCUCCAAGGGAAACUACCGUGAAGCAUUGACCAACCAUCGAAACCAGCUGGUUCUGGCCAUGAAACUUAAGGACAGAGAGGCUGCUUCAAUGGCCCUGAGCAGCUUGGGCCAUGUAUACACAGCCAUAGGAGACUAUCCAAAUGCCCUGGCCAGCCACAAGCAGUGUGUCCUGCUGGCCAAGCAGUCCAAGGAUCAGCUAUCUGAGGCUCGCGAGCUGGGAAACAUGGGGGCUGUCUACAUCGCUAUGGGAGACUUUGAAAAUGCUGUCCAAUGCCACGAGCAGCACCUGGGCAUUGCCAAGGCCCUGGAAAAUAAACGAGAGGAGGCUCGGGCGUAUAGUAACCUCGGUAGUGCCUACCACUACCACCGUAACUUUGACAAGGCCAUGUCCUACCAUACUCAUGUUCUGGAGCUCGCCCAGGAGCUGGAGGAAAAAUCCAUCGAGAUGAGAGCCUACGCAGGUCUGGGUCACGCUGCCCGCUGCAUGCAGGACUUGGAGAGGGCCAAGCAGUACCAUGAACAGCAGCUGUCGAUAGCUGAGGGCUUGAAGGACAGGGCCGCAGAAGGAAGAGCCUCUUCCAAUCUGGGCAUCAUCCACCAGAUGAAGGGGGACUAUGAAACUGCACUGAAACUCCACAAAACACACUUGGCCAUUGCUCAGGAGCUCAGUGACUAUGCUGCUCAGGGCCGGGCCUAUGGGAACAUGGGUAAUGCCUACAAUGCCCUAGGAGCUUUUGACCAGGCUGUCCGCUACCACCGCCAAGAGCUGCAGAUUUCCAUGGAGGUCAAUGACCGGGCCUCACAAGCCUCCACACAUGGCAACUUGGCUGUGGCUUACCAAGCCCUGGGAGCUCAUGACCGCGCUUUGCAGCAUUACCAGAACCACCUCAACAUUGCUCGUGAGCUCAGAGAUGUCCAGAGCGAGGCUCGGGCUCUGGGCAACCUUGGCAACUUCCACUGCUCUCGAGGAGAAUUCCCUCAGGCUGUGCCCUACUAUGAGCAGUACCUCCGCCUGUCCCCUGACCUCCAAGACAUGGAGAGUGAGGGGAAAGUUUGUCACAAUCUUGGUUAUGCCCACUACUGCUUGGGCAACUACCAGGAUGCCGUCAAAUACUAUGAGCAGGACUUGGCUCUGGCCAAGGACCUCCAUGACAAACUGAGUCAGGCCAAGGCGUACUGUAACCUUGGUCUGGCAUUCAAGGCCCUGGGAGACUUUGCUAAGGCAGAGGAGUGUCAGAAAUAUCUGCUUUCACUGGCCCAGUCCCUGAACAAUGCACAGGCUCGCUUCAGAGCUCUUGGGAACCUGGGGGACAUAUUUGUCUGUAAAAAGGAUGUGGCUGGAGCCAUUCAAUUUUAUGAGCAGCAACUGGCCUUAGCUCACCAGGUUAAGGAGCGUAGGAUGGAGGCCUGUGCCUAUGCUGCCCUUGGGGCCACCUACAGGCUUGUGCAGAAAUAUGACAAGGCUCUGGGCUACCACACUCAGGAGCUAGAGGUAUAUCAAGAGCUGGGUGAUGUGCCAGGAGAGUGCAAAGCCCACGGUCACUUGGCAGCAGUCUACAUGGCCCUGGGGAAAUACGCCAUGGCCUUCAAGAGCUAUGAAGAGCAAUUGGAACUAGGGCGGAGGCUAAAGGAUCCUGUCGUGGAGGCUCAGGUGUAUGGAAAUAUGGGCAUCACAAAAAUGAAUGUGGGGGUGAUGGAGGAAGCUAUUGGUUACUUGGAACAGCAGCUGGCCACUUUACAGCAGCUGAGUGGCAAUGAGGCAGUAAUGGACAGGGGUAGGGCCUAUGGAAACCUGGGAGACUGUUAUGAGGCGCUGGGAGACUUUGAGGAAGCCAUCAAGUACUAUGACCAGUAUCUGUCAGUGGCCCAGAGCCUCAACCGCAUGCAGGACCAGGAGAAGGCAUACAGAGGCUUAGGCAAUGGACACAGGGCCAUGGGAAACCUACAGCAAUCGCUGGUGUGUUUUGAGAAGCGGUUAGUAGUGGCUCAUGAGCUUGGGGAGUGUGGAGGCAAGGCUCAGGCUUAUGGUGAAUUGGGUGCACUUCACAGCCAGCUGGGCAAUUAUGAGCAGGCCAUCUCCUGUCUGGAGCGUCAGUUGGCCAUUGCCCGUGACACCCAGGACAGACUACUGGAGGGAGAUGCCAGCUGCGGUUUGGGUGUUGUAUACCAAUCUAUGGGAGAGUAUGAGACAGCCCUGCGAUGCCACCAAAGUGAUCUGGAGAUUGCAGAGGAAACGGGAAGCCCCGCACGCCAGGCCCGGGCCUACGGAAACUUAGGCCUUACCUACGAGUCGCUAGGAAACUACGAGCGGGCGGUUGUCUUCCAAGAACAGCACCUAAGUGUGGCGGCUCAGACUAAUGACUUGGCUGCCAAGACACUGGCCUAUGGCAGCCUGGGGAGAACACACCACGCACUGCAAAACUACUCACAGGCUGUCAUGUACCUGCAGGAAGGCCUGCGGCUUGCUGAGCAGCUGGCUCGGCGUGAGGACGAGGCGAAGAUCCGCCAUCGUCUGGGGCUUUCUCUGUGGGCCAGUGGGAAUCUGGAGGAGGCCCAACAUCAGUUAUACCGGGCAUCUGCACUGUUUGAGACCAUCCGGCAUGAAGCCCAACACAGCACCGACUAUAAACUCUCCCUAUUUGACCUGCAAACCUCCUGCUACCAGGCUCUCCAAAGGGUUCUUGUCAGCCUGGGCCACCAUGAUGAGGCUCUGGCAGUGGCAGAGCGGGGUCGUACACGAGCCUUCGCUGACCUCUUAGUGGAGAGGCAGACAGGCCAGCAGGACUCAGACCCCUACACUCCAGUAACUGUUGAGCACAUCUUGGACACCGUCAACAGCCAGAGGGCCUUGGUACUUUAUUUCUCCAUGGCUGCUGGUUACCUGUACAGCUGGCUGCUGGCUCCAGGAGCAGGCAUCCUGAAGUUCCAUGAGGUGUACCUGGGCGAGGGGUUGUCAGAAGGAGGGUCAGAGUUCCAGGAGGGAGGUGGAGGUGGGCUGACCAGCGGCUCCUCGUUGGAGCAGCACAUUGCCAGCGCUCGCGAGGCUCUGGGAGUCGAAUCCUAUUACAGCAGAGGGUGUUCGAGCAGUGAGACAGAGAGUGAGGCAGGAGAUUUGUUGGACCAACAAUUUGAGGAGCUCAACAACAAGCUUAACUCUGUCACCGAUCCAACAGGCUUCCUGCGCAUGGUGUCCAGAAACAACCUGUUCAACAGGAGUUGCCAGAGUAUGACCAGUCUGUUCAGUAACACCAUGUCUCCUGCCAAAGAUGGUAACUCUUCCCUGCCUCGUCGCUCCAGCAACCUCGGCAAGCCUCCACUCCGGGCACUUUAUGAUUUGCUCAUUGCACCUAUGGAGGGGGGCUUGAUGCACUCCAGUGGGCCUGUGGGCAGACACAGACAGCUGGUGAUGGUGCUAGAAGGAGAACUGUACCUCAUCCCCUUCGCCCUGCUUAAAGGAAGCUCUUCGAAUGAAUACCUGUAUGAGCGCUUCAGCCUCAUAGCUGUUCCCUCCAUCAACGGCCUUGGAUCUAAUGCAAAGGCUCAUUCCCGGCGCCCUGGACCAGUUCCAUGUGGUGGUGUCUCGAUGGCAGCAGUGGUGGGGAACCCUAGACUGCCCUCACCUGUGAUGGACCGCUGGCUUUGGGGACCCAUGUCCUCUGCAGAGGAGGAAGCUCAUAUGGUGGCUGAACUACUGGGCUGCCAACCCCUGGCUGGCUCUUCUGCAACUAAGGAAAGGGUCAUGAGUGCCCUCACACAAGCUGAGUGUGCCCACUUUGCCACCCACAUUUCCUGGAAAUUGGCGGCUCUGGUGCUCACCCCAAACCCAGAGGGGGUACCCGGUGGGGCAAGCAGGAAGGGUUCAAUUGGAAGCGGCUACACCAUCCCAGAGUCUCUCCACAUGCAGGAUGACAGCAGUGACGUGGAGAGCAUCUGUGACAGUCCAUCCCUACAGGAGUUCCUGCUCACAGCUGCAGAUAUAUUGGACCUGAGGUUACCUGUCAAGCUGGUGGUUCUGGGCUCAUACCUGGAGUCCAGCAGCAAGGUGACAGCAGAUGGUGUCGUGGGAUUGACCAGAGCCUUUCUGGCUGCUGGCGCCCAGUGUGUUCUGGUGUCCUUGUGGCCUGUCCCUGUUGCAGCCUCCAAGGUUUUUGUCCAUGCCUUCUACACUGCUCUUCUUAAUGGGACCAAGGCUAGUGCAGCCCUGGCAGAUGCCAUGAAAACUGUCCAGAGUAGCAAGCAGUACUCACACCCUUCCAACUGGGCAGGAUACAUGCUGAUUGGCAAUGAUGUGAAGCUUAACAGCCCAUCUUCACUGAUCGGGCAAGCUUUGGCAGAGAUUCUUCAGUAUCCAGAUCGAGCACGUGAUGCUCUGAGAGUUUUACUCCACCUGGUGGAGAAGUCUCUUCAGAGAAUACAGAACGGUCAGCGUAACUCCAUGUACACAUCCCAGCAGAGUGUGGAGAACAAGGUGGGGGGAGUCCCUGGCUGGCAGGCCCUUUUGACGGCUGUGGGCUUCCGACUUGACUCUGCAGGCACCGGUAUUCCUGCUGCUGUCUUCUUUCCUACUGCUGACCCAGGAGACAGGCUACAACACUGCAGCACCACUUUACAGUCACUACUGGGUCUGCCGCCGCCAGCUCUCCAGGCUUUGUGCAAACUCAUCACAGCUUCAGAGGCAGGAGAGCAGCUCAUCAACCGGGCUGUUAAAAAUAUGGUGGCAAUGCUCCACCAGGUACUAGUCCAACUCCAGACAGGAGAGAAAGAACAGGACUUCUCCCUGCUGCCCAUUCAGGUGUCCAUUAGUGUGCAGCUAUGGAGACUGCCGGGAUGCCACGAAUUUCUGGCUGCUCUAGGUUUUGACUUAUGUGAGGUAGGCCAAGAAGAAGUGGUGCUGAAAACAGGCAAGCUGGCCAACCGCCGCACCUUGCACUUUGCUCUGCAGUCUCUGCUGGCGCUGUUUGACUCCACAGAACUGCCUAAGCGUCUGAGCCUGGAUAGCUCAUCUUCCCUUGAGUCUCUAGCUUCAGCCCAGUCUGUGUCCAACCCCAUGCCCAUGGGAUACUCAAGCCUUCCCUUCUCUUCUCAUUGCCUGGACAAUCAGGCAUCAGAUGCCAUCUCUGUCUAUAGCCUCAGCUCUGUGGCCUCUUCCAUGAGCUUUGUUUCCAAGUCAGAUUGUGAUUUCCUCAGCCAUCGGCAGCGCGGUGGAGCCACAGCACACUACUCUGCCCACAAGCACCCUCACGUUCCCCGUAGUCGCUCCUCUCCUCAUGGGGCAGCUGCUGCAGUGGCAGGAGCCCGAGGUGAGGAGGAGGAAUACGAGGGUUUUUCUAUCAUCAGCAGUGAGCCGCUGGGAAGCCACUGUGACUCUUUGCCUCUGCCACCAGGCCACAGCCAGCGCCACCACCGUGGAGGCAGGGGGGUUGUUGGUGGAUCUGGCACAGGUGCAGGAAGAGGCUACAGUGUAUCAGUAUCAUCAAGAGGCAGUGUCAGCACCCCCACCUCCCCUGUCAAAACAUGUGUGGUGCCCAGUCCAAACUCACCAUUCCAGAAGGUGGGUAAGGUGAGCAGCUCAGAUACAGGUGAAUCAGACCAGUCCAGUACUGAGACAGACAGCACUGUCAAGUCUCAGGAAGAAAAAACUGUCACUCUGGAUCCUCAAGAGCUAGCCCAGAAGAUUUUAGAGGAGACUCAGAGCCAUCUGCGGGCAGUGGGUAGUCUUCAGCGGGCCGGGGCAGAGGGUGGGACAGCAGGAGGAACCUCAGCUCGGAGCAGCGCCUUCCGCUCAUCUGAAACUAGUGCAUUCAGCCGUCCUAACAGCAGUGCUAGUGGUCGAGCUCAGUCUUCCCCAAGACCCAAACCUCCCUCUCGUUCUUCUUCACUGCAGAAGAUAAGCUCUGGCUACAAUAGUCCUGCUGUCUCUGAGUCUUCCCAAAAGGAGGGCAGCCACCCUUCACCCACUCUGGACAGCCACGCACAGUUCAAAUUGAAGUACCCAAGUUCCCCAUACAGUGGCCACAUCUCUCGCUCCCCUAGUAAUGUGUCUCCCAGUUCUGGUCACCAGUCCCCGUCUGGUAGUGCUCCAUCUCCUGCCCUAUCAUACUCCUCCACAGGCUCUGCCUGUUCUACAUCGGCUGAUGCUUCAGACUUGGACCGUUUAAGAAGAGGGGUCAUUGAUGAGAAAGUCCAAGCUAUCCACAAUCUGAAGACCUUUUGGGCUAAUGCUGCAGCCCAGCAACAGCAAGGACAUCUAGGUCCUGUCAGAGCUGUCCACAGUGCUUCUGGACAACUGGGUUCUGCCAGUAGGGAUGUAUUGAGCCUUCUGAACCUCUCCCCACGCCAUUGCUCCCCUAAUGACACCCAAGACAGCCUGGAGCUGCGGGAGCUGGGGCUGCAGUCACUGGACAGGGGCAGCAAGAACUCUUCCAAUGGACACCACUGCUCCAACCCCAGGAAAGUGGCUCCAUCACCUACAAUUUCCACAAGCAGUAGCCCUGGUGCUCGUUCUAUCCGACUACCUUCUGGCAAUGGAUACAAGUUCCUGUCGCCUGGAAGAUUUUUCCCUUCCUCUAAAUGCUGAGACAUUUCAAAUGGUCCUAUACUUUAACCUAUAAUUUACUAUCCUGUGUGCUGGAGGAGUAGGGCACUGUUUGAGGGCCACUAUUGGUCCACCGAGCUUGACUGACAGUGAGAAGGAUUUGAUUGGUCAGUGAGUGUGAUCCUGCAGAGGCACAUGAAUGCUUUAGAGCGUCUUGUCUAUGUGCCCAUAACACUGUAAAUGGCAAUGAGAAAUACUCAACGACCUGAUACUGUGUUUGUGUGUAACUGUGUGUCAGGUAAAUGUCAAUGCCAUUUGGUAUUUUUUCCCCCAAAACCUUGCUGUUUGUGUGGGCCGAGAUGCAACAGCUAUGACUG